ACAUUUCAGGGAACAAAUAAUUUCGAAUUAUUUUCGCAAACAUGUAGACCUUUUUGACAAGUAAUAGGGGAAAAGAGCGUCUCAUAACUGAAGCCAUGUCGUUGACGGCGAAUGUGGGGAUGCGUAGUGAUACGUCCAAUGUGGAUAAAGAAGUCAGAUCUCAGAAAAGUCUCCCAUUUGCAAAAAUAUUUGAUCUUCCACGUAGAAGCAUAGGAACACUGAAAGAACGACUGAAACUUGGGCGUGCUGCUCGUGGACUGAAAAAACGAAUGUCUCGUUCGGACACGACGAUUAUUGCACCAAAGGCUACAAUAUCAGCAAGACUGAAAUCCGUCGUCUCUGUACAGAGUGCGAAAAUCAUGGUUGAAAAGAUUACACCAACAACUAACAAGGUUCCGAUCACUAAAUGGUCAAGAAAAUUGUAUGGAAGCGACAAAGCGGUAAUGCACGAACAUGAGCGACUUAUGAAAGCUGGAUUUGUUAUUCAUCCUUUCAGUAAUUUUCGAUUGACUUGGGACGUUUUAUCAGCUAUUUUGAUCCUGGCAAAUAUCGUCAUAAUUCCAAUGGACAUUGCUUUUUCUACGGCAGAAGAAGACAUUCGCAGCGUCGUCUUCAAACUGAUAUCUGACAUGUGGUUCAUGGCGGAUAUUAUUUUGAACUUUCGAACUGGAAUAAAGACCGACGGCGGUGACAAAACAACCGUCGAGCUUGAACCUAGAAAGAUCGCUAAACUAUAUAUUCGCCGAUGGUUCUUCAUUGAUCUGAUCGCUUCCUUGCCAUUUGACUUCAUCGUUCGUCUAUUUCUCGAUACUAAAAGAAGCAAGGCAGUAAGGUUUCUUAGAAUCGGGAAAGCAGUUGCUCUCGUAAAAGUUGCGAGGGUACCAAGGCUUAUCCGUGGUAUUCAUCAUUGGGAAGAAAUCUUCAAUCUCCAAUACGAUUUCGCCGUGUCAAUGAUGAGGUUCGCCUAUCUGGUCUUCUUUAUAUUCAUGACUUGUCAUAUCAAUGGAUGCUUACAGUACAUGGUUCCAAUGUUCUACGAUUUUCCCGAGGAUACCUGGGUUCGUAUGAGAGGAUUGGAUCAUCCUAACGUUACAUGGUGGGAAGCCUACUCAUGGUCGCUUUUCAAAAGCACAAGUCAGAUGUUAUGCCUAGGUUACAGCCAGAUUAUUCCAGUCGGAAUGGUUGAUCUAUGGAUGACAAUGCUGAGUCAGAUUACUGGAGCAAUUAUAUUUGCCAUAUUUAUUGGUAAUGCUAUUAACCUUAUGGAAGAAAUGGACGCCUCCAAGAACGCAUUCAAGAUGAAAAUUAACCAGAUACAAGAGUACCUGGGAUUUCGUAGAAUUCCCAUCAAACUGCGCCGGAAAGUUCUUGAUUACUGCGAAAUGCGAUUUCAAGGAAAGCUAUUCGAUGAACAUCAAAUUCUAAAGGAAUUGAGUCCUUCGCUACGGCGUGAGGUUGUCUGGUACAAUACAUCCGUUUUAAUACAAUCUGUUCCUCUGUUUGAAGAAGUUAGCGACGAAUUCGUGUAUGAACUAGGAUACGUUUUGAAAUACUCUGUUUACAUGCCGCAAGAUAAAAUUGUCAAGGAAGGAACAAAAGCUCUUCAUAUGUUUUUCAUUAGCCGGGGUGAGGUAGAAAUUCGUUCUUCCACAUUUGUCAAUUACCUGUCAGACGGUGGGCACUUCGGAGAGUCUUGUCUGUUCAGUUCUGAAAUGCGUAGGUCCGCUGAUGUCACAGCUUUGACCACGGUUCACAUUUACAUGCUGCACAGAUGCGAUUAUGUGAAGGUUUUGGCAAGAUUUCCAGACGAGGCUGACAGGAUUAGAAAUUUCAGUCGCAGAAUACGCGACAUUUCGUCAAGAUAUGACUUCAUUAGAAAUCACAAUUUCUAGUCUUGCACUGUAGUAAUUUCUCAAUUUUUUUUUCUGUUUUACAAAACACUGUAGUUUUUAAUCUGUAUUUUUUAAGGUAUAAAAAGUAUAAAUAAAGAAUCGUGAGAGUGAUCAAUAACUA